CUCGACCCUUCCUCCUCUGGCCUUACAGUGUUGCCCCUGUGGUUUGGUGAAGGAUGGAUGUCUUCUGACAAGAGGCAGCAUGGAGGACCAGCACAUUACUGGUGGAUAUACAUGGAGAGACAGACAAAGCCCCCCCGCUGCUCCGCUAAGGUCAUCUGCCAUAAUAUCAUGGAGCUGAGAGUCAGAUAACCACUGCUUGGAGGAGAAACCCUCAAAACAGCUCCAGUCAGAUGUCAGAGUCAGCUGCAGAGAGGCCGCCCCCCGACAGCUGCCUGAUCACACAAGGCAACCUCAGUCACUCUGAUCCCUGACAGCUGAUUGUGUUGCUUUUCAUGCCCCUUAUGUCCAACCAGUCAGAGUAACAACCGGAGCGAUAAGCACAUGAACCCUGACCAGCUCCUCAACCGGAAAUUUUCAAAAACAGCUGAAGAUGUCCGGAGGUCUCCUUAAACACUCCCCACUCGUCACCACGAACACGGCUGGAUUAGUCUCGACUUCUAAUCAAAAUAAGGAGGAGAAGCCACAACAGAAGGAAGGAUGGAUAACAACUUGGACGCUCGAGGAUGGAGAGACAAGAUGCAACAAAGUAAUGAAAGAGGAAAAAGAAGUGAGGCCGGAAGAGACAAAAACAAAGAGAAAAAAACCUGAAGACAGAAACACACAUGUAGCAGCAAGAUUCUCUCAUUUAGACCAGCAGCCAUUCAUGUUGUUGGACUACUGCUGUCGUUGUUGUGGAUUCACACUCAUAAAACGCCAUGGACACUUCUCCCUCAAGACUACACCCAGUGACACCUGGGUCGUCCUUCAGAAUCUGUUGAUGUGCAUGGUGUGCUUUUACUCUCUCUACUACAUCGCGGUCAGUCUCUGCAUCGGGCUGCUCAGGGUUCAUGAGAUCAACAGCUUGUUGGCUCCAUUCGACUACACGACACAACCGUCAUGGCAGAACCCCAAAUACCUGGUUGGUGUGAUUUCCACAGAAGUGACCUAUCUUCUGGGCGGGCUGGUGUUCGCCUGGAUCGUGGAGGAGUGGGUUUGGGACUACGCCAUCACUGUCACGCUGCUGCACAUCGCCAUGACUGUGGCAGUGAUGUCAGACUUCCCCUCAGCUGAGCACUGGUGGAUUGCUCUGGGUAAGAUCGCCUACUUUCUUAUUACCUUUUCUCUGUCUCCAGAUUGAUUAUAACUCACUCCCUUCAUCCCCUUCAGGCUUUUUAAGGACAGCUGCUGGCCCUCCAAACCUUAAUUCAGCUAAUCUCUCUCUUGUUUAUUUAAUCUGUCUCUCUGCAGGUUCAGGCCUGGUGAUGAUGAUAUUUGGAGGACAGCUCCUGGCCUAUAAACUCUUCAGGAGCAACUUUGUCUACCCAGCUGAACUACAGAACUUCUAACGAACUUACAGAGGAAAGCUUUUUACUGGCUUACCAGUUAAUCUCAGAACCGGAUGCAUGCCAGCAGGUUCACUUUUAAGACAUCGUACUGCUAGGUUCAUACUAACACUGGUAUGAGCACCUAUCAAAAAAUGUACUGUAACUUUGUUGAUUUAGCUAAUAGUCAGAUCCCUCCUUGUACAAAUGUUCCGACUUUGUUCAUCAUCAGUGUUUUUUCUAAGAUUCUGUACAGUUUGAAUUUUUUUUUUGUAUUGUUUCUUUACAAACUCCAAAGUGUAAGCUGAAGCUAAAUGAACCGACGAGAGCUGAUGCAUUCAUUAAAAGAGUUAUAUUAGAAUAUUUAUGUGUUUGGUGUGCAGUACAGUCGUCUGAUAAAGAAAAACACAUUAUUUCUGUGCUUGUGGGAAGAAAAUCUACAACCGUUGGAGCUUCAGGAUGAGAUCAAUACCACAGGUGCAUAAAGAUAUUAACGCUGGUUGUACAAAUUAGUUCAAGUUAGAUUUACAUUAAAAACUUGUGAGCAAAGUGAACCUCAGUGUGUUUGUCUCUGUGUGUGGUGGGUCACCUGCUUCUGUGACCCAAAGCCGGUGACAAAAAUAUUAAUAAUGAAAAGUGAACAAGAAAAAAUAAAAAGUCGGGCUGUUUGGCCUCCCUGCAGAGCUCCCUCUGCUUCUCUGGGUCUCUACACCACCACUGCAUAGAGAUAGCAGUAAAGUAAUGAUCAUGGUAAUAAUGAUAGUUGUAAUUUUAAAAUGUCUUGUUUUGUCCCAAACCCAAAGAUAUUCAGUUUACGGUCACAGAGGAGAAAUGAAAGCAGGAAAUAUUCAAGAGUUAAUAAGUUUGCAUGAGAGAAUUGUAUCAGAUGAUUCUCCCCAAAGCUAUAGAGUUCUGGGAGCUUGCAUAGUGGUCCGUUACUGUCAGAUCCCUCGAGAAAGCUGCAUCAAGUGAUCUCAGGAAAACCUCCAGACCCCCCAGCAACAACCCUGCUGCUGCUUCCUCAUCAGUCUCAGGCCAGAAGCUUCAACGAUGUCACGCUUUGUGCAACAGGCCUUUGUUCCCAGUUACCGCUGAGGUAAUGACAAUAAGAUGUGUCGGGUUGUGUCACCGCACAAAUCAUUCACUUUUGUGACGUUUCUUUACAGUUGUUUGACUUCAUCCUUGAUCACAAGACAGCACCCUUGCUCUAACACCUCCAUGGCAACAAUUACUAGGACUAGCAACAAUUGCCAGUCUUAACGCUCACAACUGGAGGUGGUACACAAAUUUGGAACUUGAAUCUUAGAUUUUGGUUUCCUUUUUUCACACCUUUCAGCAAAUAAUCAGAAAAGAAGCAAUUUGCUUCACUACCCUUCAUUUUUUGUACAGAUUUUUCCUAUAGGCAUAUCUAUAUUUACUUGCAAAAAUAAGUUAAAACUACACUAACAAAUAAAUAACUAUAAAUCCCAGGCAUGCUCUAAUAAUUCCAAAAAUAGCAUAACAUGCAUCGAUCCCCGAGUGCGACCUAACAGGCAGGCUUGAGAAGCGGUCCACCAUUACUCUUCUACCUGUUGUCUGCCGUGACGCGCUGGAGAUCCAGCUCCUACAGUAAAUAGUUGAAAAACCUUCUUUUUAGUAAACUCUGCAUACACAAACAAUGUUGUCAAUGCUCGUGUUCAAGUGCAGAGACUCUGGUGGUACUUCAAGCAAAGUUUCAUGUUGUGUCGAGCCUUCUUAGUGUUUUAAAAAUAGCAAUUUUGAUGCUAGCGUGCCAGUGCCCCGAGCACUCCUUUGAAAAUUAGCUUGCCUGAAACCGAAACUAUGGUAAAUCUUAAAAGUGCCUCUUUCGUUGUUAAGUAUGGAUUUACACGAAGGUUUGACUCGUAUUCAAUCACAAAUAAAGCCUUGGUUGCUUUUUGGCGAGAGUUUCACUUUUAAAUGUCAUUUAAAAAUCAGGGAUGAGCAGGAUUAAUGCCACAACAGAGUGUAAUUAAAAAAA